AUGAACGCCAGGAUCUUGUUUUUGCUUGUUUGUUCUGCGGCAUUUUUCGCUGGGCUGCAGUGCGCCUCGCCAAGGACCACAGCGGGGAUGGAUUCAACCACCGCCGGCUUCAGCAACAUCAGCAGCGGUGGUGGUGGUGGUGGUGGUGGUAACAGUGGGGAAACCGGGGGCAAAAGAGACUUGAACCAAACCAUAAACUCCAGGAUCAAGAGGAGAACCCUCUCUGUGGAUUUUGCGGUCCCCUCUCUGUUGCGCAAUUACCUUGCGGAGUUCAUUAAGAGACCGCUGAACGGUGACUGCCAGACUUUUAGAGGAUGUUACACAGUGCGCGCAAACUUGAAGAUGCACUGCAUCCCUCUGCAGAAAACCGUUUCCACUUUUGUGGAGCCCAGUUCUGCUGCUGCGGAUUCAGCACUGAGGAACGUGUCUGCUGACGGACAGCUCCCCUUCUUCUACAAGCGGCCGCUGUCCAAAGUUCUGAAACUGGGCCUGACGAAAGCCAGCAGGAAUAACAACCUCGCGGUGGUGGAGAUCGGAGAGGAUAUAGUCAAGACCGGAUGUGGGGGGCUGUCUGUGUACGAGGAGGCCCCUGUGUUCACCCUGGAAAUGGACCUCACAAGUGUUCUGGAGUGGUGGCUGGGCGCGGAGGGGGGCCGGCUCAGGGUCCGCCUCAUGCCCGAGAAAAAGGCGCAGGUGCCCGGGAUCGAGGAUCGGUACACGGCGGCCAUACGCGCUGCAGACCCCCGCCUCUUCUUACAGAUAUCCUCUAGGGGUGAACCUUUGGCAGGCAGGACUGCUGCAGGCAUUCCUAGAGGGUACUGGAGCUUCUCCUGGGUGGCAGAAGAUGACCUGAGCUUCCCAAAUGACGCCCCGCACGUGUCAGGUCCCAGAUGCCCUGGCAAUAGUAGAACAUGUGGCCAGCAGCUGGACGGCAACCCAGAGUUCACAUGGAGCAUAGUGGCUGCCGGGGACCUGCGGGAGGAAAGGAAUGAGAAAGCAGAAAAGAAGACAGGAAGUCCCCAGGGUUGGGAGGAAGGUAAGAACGAAGGUCAGUUCCUCUGGGUGAACAGUUCAGCGUUUGGGGGUCCCUGGGUGCUGAGUCCGUGGCUGUGGGGAGGGCAAGUUCCCUGUAGCCUGGACAUGGCCAUGUUCCUCCACCCCAAACAAAGUGGUCAAUACACCAUAUGGCUCAUAGAGCGGGACAAACCGCCAGUGGCCCUCUUCUCCACUGACACCCUCCCACACAUCACAGGCUGGGCAGUGGUCCACCUCACCCUGGGCACACAUGGUGGAUCGCCUUUUCGGGUCUCAGCCAGCUACGAUCAACGGAUCCCGCAGGACGACACGGCCACCAUCGAGCCCCACUUCACCACCAACUGCACCAUGGCAUCCUCACCUGGUCCGAACAUCACACUGGAGGGUCAGUACAACUGUCACAAGGGACCUGGGAUCCCACUGGACAAACUGUGUGACUUCAAUACAGAUUGUCCACUCGGUGAUGACGAAGGCGACCUGUGCCGCCACUUUCUCAAUGGCAGCUACUGCUCUUUCGAAGACGGCGAGUGCAGCUGGCAGCCAAUAAUGGGCCGCCGUCUCUCCUGGAGAAGAGUCCAGUCUCCAGCCAAGGCUACCAGACAGAGCUGCCCAUCAUCAGGUGCUACAUUCAGUGUGGAGGGUGGCCAGUCCAAAGGUCAACGUGGCUCAGCAGUACUCAGGAGCCCUCUCUUCCCGCCUCCUCUCAGAAACUCUCCGUGCACGGUGCGGUUCUGGCUGUGUUCCAGAGGCUUACAGAAUUGGUCGCUGUCUCUGUGGAUCAUGGAGAACAGUACAGGUCCUGAGGAACAGCGCAGACUGUGGCAUUCAGCAAGUGAACCCAAAUCUGAAAGGGGCUGGAAACUCAUCGUAAUUCCUCUUUAUGGGCUCGCAGACUGGUUCUGGCUGCAGUUCAGCACAGAGGAUGGACCUGGACCCGGCUCAGCUGUCUCCCUUGACAACAUCUCUUUCAGUAUGGACUGCUUCCUGGCAUCCAAUGGCGAAUUUCCUCCAGUGGUCACCAGCACAACCCAGCUGCCAUUUAAACCAAUCACCAAUACUACAGCCACGUCCUUUGGGAGUCCUGAGACAAAAUUCCCCACCACAGAUUACUCCAUAAAAUGGAUUUUUCAUACCUGUGGGGCUGUGGGCCCCGAAGGCCCGACGCCCACUCAGUGCCUCAACUCCUACAGGAACAGCAAUGUCAACGUGACAGUUGGCACCCAAGGGCCCUUCAAAAGCAUUCAAAUGUGGCGGGUCCCAGAAACUGGCACCUACAGGAUCACAGCGUACGGUGCAGCUGGCGGCCGCAGCGUAUUGGCCAUGAGCAGGUCACAUGGUGUAUACAUCACUGGAGACUUCCUGCUAAGGAGAGGAGAACUGAUUUACAUCCUGGUGGGACAACAAGGAGAAGACGCAUGCCCUAAUUCCAACGACUUACUGAAUAGGAUCUGCCUGGAACAGAUCAGCCCAAUGGUGAACAAGACUCAAGUGAAAGGGGGCGGAGGAGGGGGUGGAGGUGCUACGUAUGUAUUCAAGGUGGAAAAAGAUGUGCACAUCCCCCUCAUCAUUGCUGCUGGGGGAGGAGGCCGGGGAUACAGCAGCCAAUCAAAAACCCAGCUGGAGCAAAUGGACUACGACCCCAACCAGCCGGGACGCAAUGGGAAGUCGAGCGCAGCAGGUGGAGGAGGGGGUUGGAACGAUAGCCUUCCUGCCAAUCAGGGUGGCAGACCACUGGUGCUGGGGGGCCAGGGAGGGCAGGCCUGUCAAAAGUACUGGCUGACCCAUGGGGGCUUCGGUGGCGGCGGCGGCGGCUGCAUGUCUGGUGGUGGUGGCGGAGGCUACAGAGGUGGUAACACGUCCAUAGAUAAUAACCCCGAACAUGAUGGUGAUGAUGGCACGUCUUUUCUGGGUCCAGAAGGAGAGUCCUUCCUCUAUCCUCUGAAAGCUAUGGAGGGUGACGGCGAGGUGAUCAUCAGUCCGGUGCAGAACUGCAGCCACUGUGAAAGCGGUGAAUGCCACGGGACCAAGGACAACAUCAACUGCUACUGUGACGAUGACCUCAUCUUGGCACCAGACGGAGUCUCCUGCAUCAACGCCACAGUGGUGUCCCUGCUGCUUCCACAGCCGUCUCUCUCCCACCUGGCACUGGGUCUGUCUGUUGGCACCUCUGCCCUCAUCGCCGCCCUGCUGCUGGCCGUGUCCGGAGUCAUGAUUAUGUACAGGCGUAAACAUACAGAGCUGCAGUCCAUUCAGCUGGAGCUGCAGAGUCCAGACUGCAAGCUCAGUAAACUCCGCGCCUCCACCAUCAUGACCGACUACAACCCCAACUACUGCUUCGCCGGCAAAACAGCCUCCGUCAGUGACCUGAAGGAAGUGCCACGACGCAACAUCUCCCUCACUAGGGGCCUGGGUCACGGUGCCUUCGGUGAAGUGUACGAGGGGCUGGUAGUGGGGAUACCAGGUGAACCAAGUCCACUGCAAGUGGCGGUUAAGACCCUCCCUGAGGUUUGCUCUGAGCAGGAUGAAUUGGAUUUUCUCAUGGAGGCUCUAAUCAUCAGCAAAUUCAGCCACCAGAACAUUGUGCGCUGUGUAGGAGUGAGUCUGCAGGCCAUGCCCAGGUUCAUACUGCUGGAGCUGAUGACAGGAGGAGACCUCAAGACUUUCCUGAGGGAGACCAGACCCAGACUGGAGCACCCGUCCAGUUUGACCAUGGUGGACCUCCUCAACGUGGCCAGAGACAUCGCUAAAGGCUGCUACUAUCUGGAGGAGAACCAGUUUAUACACAGGGACAUUGCAGCACGGAACUGCCUCCUGACCUGCAAAGGAAGUGGCCGCACGGCUAAGAUUGGAGAUUUUGGGAUGGCUCGAGACAUUUACAGGGCAAGCUACUACAGGAAGGGUGGGCGUGCCAUGCUGCCAGUGAAGUGGAUGCCACCUGAAGCCUUCAUGGAGGGCAUCUUCACAUCCAAAACCGACACGUGGUCAUUCGGGGUUCUGCUGUGGGAGAUCUUCUCAUUGGGCUACAUGCCAUAUCCAAGUCGCAGCAACCAGGAAGUUCUGGAGUUUGUAACCAACGGUGGAAGAAUGGACCCUCCUAAAAGCUGCCCUGGGCCAGUGUAUCGUAUAAUGACACAGAGUUGGCAGCACCAGCCUGAAGACAGGCCCAACUUCUCUACUAUCCUGGAGAGAAUCGACUACUGCUUACAGGACCCUGAUGUGGUGACCAUGCCGCUGCCUAUAGAGUAUGGACCCAUCCCCGAGGAGGAGGAGAGAGUACCCAUGCGCCCUGAUGAACCAUCAGCUCCAACUGUGCUUGUAAAUGCCCAGGUGCCUGAUGGGGAGGCUCUACAGCCACCACCAUCUUAUCCUACAGAGGAGAACCGCAGAGGUGGGGAACACGCUGUUGCGACAAGCGCAGCACCGGAGGCCAAAGCACAGACGUCAGCGCAGCCCCAGCCGUACCUCCACCAGCACCAGCAGCCUCACACACAGGCCUGCAUGACCAUGACGACCACUAACACCAUCACUUCCACAGCCGCCGCUACACUCACAGCUAAAGGACCUCAUGUCACUACCCAGCCAAGCCCAGCCGAGGGGGGCCACAUCAAUCUGGCGUUCACCCAAGGCCACCCGGCAGAGAAGGACGGCCACAACGGGAAGAGCACCAGUCUGUGGAACCCCACGUAUGGGUCGUGGUUCCUGCAGCAGCAGCAGAGAAAGCAGCAGCAGCAGCAGCAGCAGCAGCAGCAGCAGCAGCAGAGGCUGGGUGGGGUGGGCGGAGCAGGAGGCAACGGUGGCAGGGUGCCUGGCGAGGGACAGGAGCACAUGGGCCGGACGGUGGCUGAGGUGGCAGGGGCACUGGGUCUCCAGCACCAGCACAAGCAGUUCCAGCACCAGCUCCAGCAGCAGCACCAGCUCCAGCUACUGCACCAUCAGCAGCAGCAGCAGCAGCAGGGUCUCUGUAGACCCUUGUUACCCCCACCACCACCUCCUGCUGCACAGUCACCUCUGCUGUUAGAUUCCGCCGCUCUGCCCCCGGUCCCCCUCUACAGACUGAGACGAUUCCCAUGCGGCAACAUCGGCUACGGUUACCAGGAGCAAGGCCUGCCGCUGGAGGCCGCCCACGGCAACCCCAACCCUCCACCACCUCCCUCCCAGCAGGGCAUCUCCAUGUCGUCCUCUGCAGCUCACCAGAGGGGAGCCUCUGUUCCCACUUCAAUGGCGUUGGGUCGGCCAGGUAUGUCAGAGGACAGCCGCCCACUGCUCGUCACCAUGGGGACGGUGCAGGACCCCAGGCUGCCCAGGAUGGAGGGCCACAACGCCACCGUGCUUUAGCCCAAAUGCCUGAACUGCUGGUCUUUUAUCAGACGGAGACAAACAAACACUGUGUCAGGACAGAUUUCGUUUUACAACACCCCUUCAAUCCCGCCGUUUUGGUUUCUUCCUCCAGUUCAGAAAGAACCCGUCCAGCUGAGACACAGCUGGAUGAGUCCACCAGGCUUUUCCUGUGAGAACCCUGGAGGUGUGUUCAAAUCCCCAAUGGAUGCUAAAGCACAUCAGACAACUCAAAACCUUUGAGAGGCAAAAUUUAGAGCAAAGACUAGUUUUAAGAGUUUAAAAAAAUGUAUUUUUUCAUCGCUGGAAGGAUCACGACUGAGUGAGAAUCUAGUGAGGAGUUUACAGCACAGGACGACGAGGGGACGGCUUGAGGACGUGGCGUGUUGAUUGACAGCUGAGGAUGUCUCUUGUGUGUGAGAAUGGACCAUGGAUUGAAAUCUCUAUAUUUUGCCAGACUUCAGUGUUUGGUGACUGGCUGCGUCUGCAGCCGUCAGCCACAUGUGUCAGUUCUACCGCUCCUGCUCCACAUCCUUUUGGAAAACAACCAUGUGGUGAAUAACCAGACUAUUUUUAAAGAAUAUCACUGAACAGGACACUGGAUUACCAGACACAUUUAUACGGAAAAAAAAAAAGAAAUCUGGUAAAAAUGUGUUUGUUGAUGUUUGCUUGCCUGCUUGUUUAUUUAUUCAUUUGUUUAUUUAUUAUUUGGAAGUGGCUCUAUAACUUAUUAACAUGCUUCUUCAAACCCAGAUUCAUCUCUCGUCAAAUGGUUUCCAAUCAAGUUUUUUUUUUUUUUAUAAAGCUGCAGGAAUUAAGUUUUGAACGAUCCUUGAAAAGAAAAUCAGGUGGAAGUCGUGCAGGAAAUCCGUGCAGUGGGUGGAUGAACAGAGCACAGACACAGGUAUGAAAUAUAAUUUGAGAGAAGAAUAAGAUGUUUUAAAGUCUUGGCUCCAUCAGCUAUCUGUAAGAGUUCAGCUUUUGGUUGAUGCAGAAUAUUUUUGUGAGCGCGUUGUUCCUGGUUCUAUUGAAAGCUCUGCUCCUUUUUUUUUUUUUUUCACUAUAUUCUGCUGAGUGCUCAGAGACAGUAAAGUUAAGCCUUUUCUUUACUUAUGGCUUUUUCAGUAACCUUUUAUUGAUUCAUUCCUGUUUGUCUGGAUGUAGAAACACAAUGGAUAUUGCUGAAUCAAUCUUAACCUUCAAGUUUCUAUCUGGAAGCCCGAGAGAGUGAGAGUGUGUGUGUGUGUGUUGGGGAAUACAAAUGAGUGUGAGUGCUCCACAUAAGAAUGAAACCUGGGACCAUCCCACUGCUCAUUUUCACACACGGGGUUUAAAGUCUGCUUCUUCCAGUUUAAUGACACUAAAUCUAUCAGAUGAUGCCGUGAGUGCGGCGGUGUUGAUAUUUAGGUGAAUGACGACAACGUGCGUCACUUUUUCGAUGCUUUUGCUCGACUGUACUGAUCCUGUGUGUCUGCUGAGGCCAUGAUGAGCUGUCAUGUCCGGGCGAACAGGGACCGAUCGUAAGUGAGCAGGGGAAACGUUGGCGAAUUGAAAAGUCUUUUUGCUUUUGUCCCCAGUACCUGUGUUAAGUGCAUUAACUCUGUGUUCCCUUCACAGCUCAUCUCCAACAUUUGAUGUAAAAAGAGAAAAUGAACUGCACCUGUAAAUGUUGUAAUUAUAAAGUAUUGUACUAUGGCUCUGGUAAAUGCUGUAAAUUGCCCUUCAGAAGA